ACAAACCACAUCGUGAUCUUUGGCGCGUCAAGACGAAAGAGGGUACUGUUGUAAAUAAUUUGUAAACAGUGGGAUAUAGUGGAAGUGCUCUUGGAAACUAGGAAAUAAACUCCGGUCUAUAAGUUUGUGUGAAGUACAGCCUGUGAAUAAGCUAGUAUCAGAAUGAGUUUUGGCUUGCCAUCUGUGAAACCUAAGCCUUCUGCAGCAGGGAAGUUCGAAAUCCAGGAAGGCCAUUAUGGAGUUCCGGAUCCAAUGGUCUACGGACUUGCUGCAACAAAAGAAAAAUUAGUUCCUUCACAUCCUUUGGAAGAAUCUGAAAGUAAUUAUGCUGCCAACGAGCUCCGCAUGUCGAUGCAGAUGAUGCAGAACUUGCAAGGCCUGCAAGGGCCGCUGAAGUUUGCGAUGGAGCUGCGUGCUGCACGAAGGGUGGGUCACUUGCCCUUUCUGCCCAGCUCAAAUCUCAUGUACGACACCCUGACGGGGCGUGACGACCGCAUAGGUUUCGAAGACAUACUGAACAUCGAAGAGUUCCGUGAGGAGAUGGCACAACCUCACCUUCUUUUGGAGAAGCUUUGGGAUAAAUAGUAAUUGUAAUGCUGUGUGUUCCCAUUUUCCUGUAUUUUUGGAUCAUAACUUGUAAUUUAGACAUUAUAAUAAAAUGUUUUAAAAAUCCAA